AUGGCCGAAGGGACCUUGACGAAACCCACCUUGAGCGGGAGGUAUACCCUCUCUGUGGUCUACGAGGGCGCCCAGCUGUACUCCCAUGCCGGCGACGUGUGCGGGAACGAGACGGUCGCCCUGCCUUUGAACGCAGGCACGGUCCACGUCUUUGGCUUCGCCUGUCCCGCGAACCCGGGCCCCGUCUCCUACGGACUGGACGUGAUUUUGCCUUCGAUUGCACCCUCGGGGGAGUACCUGAUCUCCAUCAAGGGCCACGAUCAGGACAAUGCCCAGCUUGUCUGUAUAGAGGCCGACUUGAAAUUUGAAAUUAUUUUAAAGGCAGGUAAGCGUGGAGGAGGUGGCGGCAAGUACGAUAGUCCCAAAAGGAAGCAAGCACAUCUUCAGCAGAAAGGGUUAGGGAGGAACGACCUUCCCCCGGCAUCUUCCCCCUCCUCUUCCCCUCCGGCUGAUCCUCCCGGAGUGUUAUGGGAAGGUGAGGAAGAGGGUGACGACGAGGAUGAGGAAGAAAUGGAUGCGGAGAUAUUGGAGUUUCAGGGGUUGAUGGAGCGGGGGGCAUUUCAAUUGUUAGACCCGGACGAUGUGGAGAUAGACGAGGCAUACGACGCGUUCGACGCCGAGGACGAGGACGAGGACGAGGACGAGGGGGAAGAAGGGGCGGAGGGAGGGGCGGAGAGAGGGGAAAGCCGGCCCAGGAACGACCCGGAAUGGCAGUUUUUCGACACGGCCAAGGCAGCCCCUGCCCCGCAGGAGGUCCGGGCGGCCGUCUCCUUCGUCGAAGUGGCCUUAGAGGCUCCUGCGGAGGAAGACGGGGCAUCCCUUGAAGACACCUUAACAAAGCUUCAAGGUAGCGUCAUGGCCAAUCCUGGUGACUUGGAAGCACGCUACAACUUGGCUUUGAAGAACUUUCAGCUGCAGCGCUUUGAAACCUCCAUCGACGCCUGUUUGGAGAUUUUGAAACGGGACAAGGCCUGGAAGGAGGGGGCGGCCCAGGCCCUCUUGCUCAAGACCUUCGAGGCUCUGGACCCUGAGGGCGGAUUUUUCAAGGAAACCUACCGCAGUGGCGCCUGUCCAGGGGCUUCUCAAGGACUCACUGACACAAGCGGCACCCUCCUUCCCUCCUCACCCUCUCCCGCCUCCUCUCUCCCGUCCUCCCCCCGCAACAUCUGCACCUCGAUCUUCUACCUCCUGACCACCGAGGCACCCGUUGGGUUUUGGCACAAAAACCGCUCAAACAUCGUCCACUACUAUCAAGGGGGCGAUCCCCUCGCCUACUACCUCCUCCCCCCAUCCACCGGACGCCUGGAAAGACAUGUCCUGGGGCCCGACCUGGCCCACGGGCACACGCUGCAGUUGAUCGUCGAAGGGGGAGUGUGGAAGGCGACCGUCCUGGAGGGGGGUUCGGUGGGAUGGGGUCUGCUGGGGGAAGCUGUGGCGCCGGGCUUCGACUACAGGGACAUGACGUUUGGGAACGAGGACGACAUGGCCAAAGAGUACCCGAAACUGGUGGAGAAGCUUCGGCCUUUUUUCAAGCCCAAAAAGGGAAGGCCUGCAAGAAUGCGCGUCCUCUUCCCCUUCUUUUGGGCCUUUCUUGCCACAUGUGCAGCCUUGAACGACACAAUUGUCGAUGUCCAAGAGGAACGUGAUGACAUCUUGUCCUUGCGGCCCCUCUUCCGCGCCUGGAUGAAACAUCACAACAUCAGUAUUCCUCCCUCUAAAAUUGCCCAUCGACUUCGGAUUUUCGCCGCCAACCAUGCCUUCAUUCUGUCCCACAAUGCCCAACAACACCCUCGUCCAUCAUAUACAUUGGGGCACAACCGUUUUUCGCAUUUAACUUUCGACGAAUUCCGAGCCAUGCACCUCGGCUUUACCCGCCCCACCACAGCGUUUCCCCCCUCUUUUGAGGAAGACGAGACGCCGCAGAACGAUGCGCUCGCCACAAGUCGAUCAUUGCGCGGUCAUCUUUCAACGACCGACAAAAAUCAUGCCAUUGGAAUGAACACUGAACGGUUUCCUCCUUACACCUUCCCUCGCCCAGCCUGGCUUCCCCACAUCGAGAACCCUUCUUCCUCUCUCCCUCCCUCCAUUGACUGGGUGGAGAAGGGGGCCGUCACGCCCGUUAAGGACCAAGGGCAGUGUGGAUCCUGCUACUCCUUUUCCGCGGUCGGGGCCGUGGAGGGGGCGUACUAUUUGCAGACGGGCGUCUUGUCCGAGUUCUCCAUGCAAGAAAUCGUGGACUGCGACGGCUUGGACGGGGGCUGUCAGGGUGGGGAGAUGCAACAGACGUUCAAAUGGAUGCAAAUGAACGGAGGUCUGUGCUUGCUCUCGGACUACCCCUACGUGAGCGGCACCACUGCGGAGGAACAGGCCGUCUGCCUUCCUUGCCCAGUCGUGCCAGGCACGGCCCCCGAGAAAUGGAUUACGGUGCGCCGCAACUCUAUGACCGAGCUCCAAGAGGCCGUGGCCGCACAGCCUGUUUCCGUGGCUGUAGGUGCAAGCCGCGCCUGGAUGUUUUACGAGGCCGGUGUCUUCGAUGGGAAGUGCGAGCAGGAACUGAACCAUGGGGUGCUGUGCGUCGGGUACGGCGGGGGAGAGGGAAGUGAAGAGGGGCAGUAUUGGAAGGUCAAGAACAGCUGGGGCCCAGAGUGGGGGAUGGAGGGCUACAUUCUCCUAAAGCGCGAUGAUUUCGACAAGCAAGCUGCG